CUUACACUCCGUAUGUGGGAGUGUACAGGCCAUUGAUUGGUUAAUAUUUCCAUGCAGCUUCUCAUCGUUUGGAGAACGAUUAGCCGAUCACAUCCACGAUGAGCCUGAGAAAACAAACCCCGAGUGACUUCUUGAAGCAGAUCAUCGGGAGACCUGUGGUGGUCAAACUCAACUCUGGUGUCGAUUACAGAGGUGUCCUGGCCUGCCUGGAUGGAUACAUGAACAUCGCCAUAGAGCAGACAGAGGAAUAUGUCAACGGUCAGCUUAAGAACAAGUAUGGAGAUGCUUUUCUAAGAGGAAACAAUGUUCUCUACAUCAGCACCCAGAAGAGGAAAGUGUAGUGAUUUUUGUUUGUUUUUCCUUUUUUUGUGUGGUAUAAAUGUAUCGGUGGAUGACCGCCAUCUGUUUUUAGUUCUGUAAAGUCCUGAAGAAUCCUUUAUUUUGUUUUGGUGCCUGUAAAAGUGAAAUGGGUUAAUAAACUGAAUCUGAUCUGAUUCA